AUGCCAGCCGAUGUCCGGCGCUCUGCUCGAGGCGCACCAACCCCCACCGCCAAACCAGCACCACCAGCAUCCACCGCCUCCUCAUCCUCGCUAUCAUCUGGUCGUCAAGAUCGCAACGCGAAGUCGAGCAAUGCGAUCCAGUCCGCAACACCACACUCCCGCUCCAGCGAGGAGAUGAGCGAGCCACCCCGUCGCAGCCAGCGGGCACACCAUCCAAAAGAGGAAGAAACCGUCAAAAAGAGCAAUGAAGCUGACGACGAUGCCGCCGAGGAAGAAGAGGUCACGCGCUGCAUUUGCGGACAGCAGGAAUACCCAGGUCCACCACUGAGCGAGGCCUUUGACGCGGCAGCGCUGGAGUCUGAGGACGCGGGUGGUUUGUUCAUCUCUUGUGACGGCUGCAGCGUGUGGCAGCAUGGCGGAUGUGUUGGAAUCGUAGAGGAGAAUGAGGUGCCGGACAAGUACUUUUGUGAGGAGUGUCGGCCCAAGCUGCACUCUGUGCAUACAGAUUCGAGAGGCAUUGCGCUUCACGGCGGCCCAAUGGACUGCGGUCGCGACUGCCUUCACGCAAGAGCGGCUACGGGAGGCGAAGGCGCGACUGCGAGGUCACGCGUGCCUUCCGCACUUGGUCCUCUUGAGGCCUCGACAUGA